UUGUUUUUGUGUCUAGGGAACAUGUAUGUACCCCAUUAAAUAUCUCCACUCUUCUCUCGUACGUCUUAUACAUCUCUAUAUUGCUUCAGACAAGAAGAAGAAGAGUUAUCAGCUAACGUCAUGAGUAUUCUACAUCUUCUUGCUCUCUCCCUGCUCGUAUCUGUCUCAGGAGCAAAGUUCUCAGGCAGACCAGGUGUCAACUACGGCCAGCUAGGAGACAACCUCCCAUCUCCUUCCGACUCAGUCAAACUCAUCCAAUCCCUAAACGCGAAACGCGUCAAGCUCUACGACGCUAACCCAACCAUCCUCGCCGCAUUAAACGCCACCGACAUCACCGUCUCCGUCAUGGUCCCGAACGAGCUCAUCGUCAACAUCUCCAAAUCCGCACCCCUCUCCGACGAGUGGAUCAAAUCCAACAUCCUCCCGUUUCAUCCCUCCACCAAGAUCCGCUACCUCCUCGUCGGCAACGAGAUCCUCUCCUCCACGGACUCCGAGCUCAAAUCCUCUCUCGUUCCGGCAAUGCGGAGGAUCCAACGUUCACUGAAGAAACUCUCCGUCAAGAAAGUCAAAGUAGGGACCACACUCGCCGUCGACGUUCUCAAGACUUCGUUUCCUCCUUCCAGCGGCGAGUUCCGUUCUGAUAUUUCCGGUUCAGUUAUGAAACCGAUGCUCCAGUUCUUAAACCGGACCAAAUCUUUCCUCUUCGUCGAUGUGUACCCGUAUUUCCCCUGGGCCCAAGAUCCGGCCCAUGUAGAUCUCGGUUACGCUCUUUUCGAAUCUACCAACGUCACCGUAACGGAUCCCGCCACGAAUCUCACCUACCACAACCUCUUCGACCAGAUGAUCGACGCUUUCGUCUUCGCCACGUCACGCCUCGGGUAUCCGGAUCUUCGGAUCUGGGUCGCGGAAACGGGCUGGCCCAACAGCGGAGACUACGACCAAAUCGGAGCAAACAUCCACAACGCCGCGACUUACAACCGCAACGUCGUGAAAAAACUCUCCGCCGAACCUCCGGUAGGAACUCCGGCGCGGCCAGGGAAGGUUCUCCCGUCGUUCAUCUUCGCCUUGUUCAACGAGAAUCAGAAGACGGGUCGGGGUACGGAGCGGCAUUUCGGACUUUUGCAUCCGAACGGGUCUCGGGUCUACGAGAUCGAGUUGUCCGGGGAGACGACGGAGUACAAGGAGAAGUUGCCGGCGCCGGAGAACAAUGAGGCUUACACAGGGAAGAUAUGGUGCGUGGUGGCUAAAGGAGCGAAUUGGACUCGGCUCGGUGAAGCUCUAUCGUACGCUUGCUCGCAGGGGAAUAAUACUUGUGAACCGAUUAAAUCCGGAGGCCCGUGUCAUAAACCGGAUUUGACCGUGUUGCAUGCUAGCUACGCCUUUAGCUCUUAUUGGGCUAGCUUUCGUAAGACCGGUGGGACUUGCUCGUUUAAUGGCCUCGCCACUCAGACCAUCAGAGAUCCGAGCUUUGGACGUUGCGAAUUUCCAAGUGUGACAUUGUGACGACUUACGAGUUACGACAGUGUCGAGAACAGAGAAGACAUAGUAUAUCCACUAGGAGGAAAGACCGCACGACGUUACGGCUUGAUUACUAGAAACAGCACGUGAUUACGGUCGGGUGUUUUUAAUGUGUUGUUUAUUUAAUUUGUUCCCCUGCGAAUAAUAAAAACUCAUGAGUUUAGUAGUAAUAAAUUCGUUUCUUCUGGUAA